UGGCUGCAACGCAUGGAGUAAUUUUUCGUGCCCGGAACCCUUCCUUCCUACCGGUUUCGCCUAAAACCUUCGCCUUUGUGACCGAAGGCAACGACGGGAUCAGGACGUAACAAGACCUCCGAAACAUCCAUCUUUCUCCUCCUUCCGGUCCGCCCCUAUCAAAAACCAUAGAGGAAGGUUCCUUGUAAUUACUCUGUAGCAUGAGCUUCUCAGCAGUUUUUAGACGAGCGGGGCUUAAAGAGAUAGUUUCAAAUAUUGAUAAUGUGUACCCAACUAGUGUCAGUGAAGCAUCGGGGGGAUUGAACUUGCUGUUUAGGCGCUGGGCCACCAAAAAAACCGCAGGAUCCACAAAAAAUGGCCGUGAUUCCAAUCCCAAAUAUCUUGGUGUGAAGAAAUUCGGUGGUGAGAAAGUUAUACCUGGCAAUAUCAUUGUUCGUCAAAGGGGUACGCGGUUUCAUCCCGGUGAUUAUGUUGGAAUCGGCAAAGAUCACACUCUCUAUGCUCUGAAAGAAGGCCAUGUACGAUUCGAACGUAACAAGCUUAGCGGUCGGAAAUGGGUGCAUGUUGAUCCCCUGGAAGGUCAUGUUCUUCAUCCCAUCUAUCAAAAUGCUGCUGCUUCAGAUGCUACAAGCCAGGUUUAUGCUAGUUAGGAGUUUUCAAGGUUGUGAAGAAACCAUUUCCAUGUGUUUCAACAUGGUCAAUAGUUUAAUAUGGUGCCAUGCUGACUUUUUCCUUUAUAUUGUGUGGGAAAAAUGAUUUACUAUUUUCAGAAAUGAGAACUUCUGUUCGCAUCUCAA